CGCAUCCGCAGCCGCUCUUGCCCGUGGCCCCACGUUCGCCCCGCAGGCGCCCGGCUGUACCGCGGGCGUUACCGCUCCGGCCGGGCUCGGCUCCGCCGCGAGCCACGCCACGCGCACCCCCCUGGCACGACAAGUGUCCUACCGGGCGGCGUCCCGUGCCCGCGCUUCCGAAAAUACCCUUCGCCCCCACGCCUCGAAAACCGCGAGGGGGGCCUCCGGAGAGGGGCAAACUGUUUCUGUUGCGAGAGCGUGAGCGUCUCCUUCGUCGUCGAUCGUGCGAGGCAGCGGCGAGCAGAGCGUGUCCUCGAUCCCUCCUCGGCCGCGCACUCCUUUUCCUGGCUUCGGCGCCGGCGAUGGACGCCUACUCGAAGGACUCGCUGCGCGGCGUCGGCGGCGGAGACGACGGCGAGAAGAAGGUGAAGCGCUCGGAGUCGGGUACUGAGGAGGUGGACCUUACCCUCGGGCUGUCGCUCGGGGGGUGGUUAGGGGCGAAGAGGAGAAGACUCGAGGGGCAUGCCGGGUCCUCAUCGGCGGCGCCGGCGCCACCCGCGCCUGUCGGGACAAACUCAUCGCAGGGGACUGGUUUCCCUCCGAAUGGCGUCGCCGUGGAGCCCUCAGCUUUGCUGCGUGCGACCUUGAACCCUUUCCCUGGGAGCGCCGGCGCCGCUGGGGUCCAGCCGUCGGCGACCCCUUUGAUCAGCAGCAUCAAGCAGGAGCCCGUGGAAGGUGCGUCUUUCUUCGUGUUUCCAUAAUGCUAUAUUUGUCCUUUGCUACACAAAUGUGGUAGAGUAGCACGUAUUUGUUGCUCCGUUAAUGGUAUUUUUUGCUCAAUUAAUCUCGUGGGCUGGU